CGGAAAAUAUGCAAGAAGAACUUCAGUUUUCAGCUUUUAGUGCUCGUAUCAACCAACUAAAAUGAUUUUUUUUCUGAUCUGUGUAUUUAUUGGGUAUUCAUUUGCAACGACCGAUGUGAAUCAAUCUGAACCCGUUGCAACUUCUAAUGAGAAAGCACUACCUGAUCCUGCUCAGUAUCAGUUUCAAACAUUCUCCCUCAAUUCGUAUGACUCGCAAAUGCCCUUAAUUAUACGUUCAAGAAUUUCCGACUCGCUGAAACAUUCAGAUGCUGAUUUAAAUAAUGAAGAUCCGUCAGAUGCAAAUAUUCGAAGUUCUUUUAAUCUGAAUCAAUUAAACACUCAACUUAGCCUACCGUCGUCAUACUCAGCAGAAAAUGUUUUUAACGCUAAUAACAAUCAAGACGUGCUGGUUCAGAAUAUUGCAUCUAUAUCAGAGCUGAGUCCAUUUCUUUACUCCGGCAACUCUUUCGGAGUGGGGCUAAUGUCGUUUGAAAUCAAAGAACCUACAAUUUAUGAACCUACUGAAGUUACACAAGCGCAGCCUAGUGGGCCCACACGUUUGAUACCUGCUCAGUUGGCAUAUAGCAAACUAUUCCAGACUAAUAUCGAAAAAGAUGAAAUCAACUCCGAGGAUAUAAAAAAGACGCAAAAUCUUCAGGAAAAAACGUCCUCUGGGUACAUUAUUGAAAAGGUUCCAGAGAUUGCUAGUUACAACAGGACAGGGCCAUUUCAGCCAUCAGAUAUACCAUCCUACGAUGAACUAGAGAAUAUUUUUAAUUCAACCCCAAAUACUACUGUAAAAAAACUUGAUGAUUACAGUCAAGUUUUAGAGCCAAGGACUGGAAUUGAUACUGAUGACGCUUCAAUCAUUGAAAAUGACUCAAAACUUGAUGAUUUCACUGAAAUACGGAUAACUGAUACUUACGAUAGAACAACCACUUCAGUUCCUGAAGAUGAAUCAAUUACGACCUUACAAACUCUGAUAAUUGAGGAAGACGUAUCGCUGCCUACCACUAACGCUCCAGAACUGUCAAUAUGGGAUAUUUUAGCAGGAAACAGCACACUGAGUCUGCAAUCUAGGUCAGAUGUUCAAACCAACGACUAUACUCUUGCUGAAACGGAAACGAACACGGAAGCUCAAACAAACGGUCCUCUUGAAACGACAACCGACAAUUUCUCAAAUGAAUAUUUAUAUAAAGACGCAGAAACGACAACGAUAGAACCCAAUGGCACCAAUUCAUCCCUUCUGCUAAUAAAACAAAUUGCUAUUUUGGAAAAUAUUGCUGAACUAGACAACAAUAAUGUUUAAAUUAUCCAAUGUCCUUGCAUGUUUCUAUUACUCGAACUGUACUUCAUUAGUUUGUCAAAUACAAUAUUCUUGCAUUUUGUAAUUAUAGAUCUUAAUGCUAUUUGUACCAAAGUACGAAAUUUCGAUACAUUAAAUUAAAUAAUUAGAGCAAUCAAUUAAGAGUUCAUCUUUGGUAAGUUAUAAAUUAUCAAACAUGAUCUGUUGAACACAUUCAGCACAUGUGUAUCUGUAGCAAACAAUAUCAUUAUUUGCGUUUAUAUAGCAGCGUCAAAAUUGCAGUUAGUUAAACUAACUGAAUCGAUGUUAGCGCUCUUCCGCUAAUUAAAGUUACACCCAUUAACAAGCUAAAACAUACAAAUCCUCGAAAUUCUAAUAUCCAUUCAUGCCUUGAUGGACAUAUACUUAAACUGAGGCACGCCAAUUUUUGUCGCAAAAAUAUUUUAUUCCAACCUACGUCUUUCCAGAGUUGCCAUAACUGUUCUCACUCACGUAGGUGUUUAUCUGGUUUAUUACUGUUAUAUUCCUUCAAAUAAAUUUCGUUUCAUCUAAUUUCCUGUCGAGUUAUACUAUUGCGAUCGCUUUGCCAUCGCUUUUUUCGUGUCAAAUUUCCAUUUUCUACAUAGUCGUAAAUUUCAGGUUCACUAUAUAAGUCGAUGUUUUUAAGUAUCCACUAAAAGAUACUGACGCAAAUGUGAAUUAUUAUAUUUUUCUCAAUA